CUUCAUGUCUAAGUGCUGCUUCUCUGGCACGGUGCAGCUCCACAGCCAUGAGGUCUUCCACAGGCCCCCAUCGUUUAGCUCCAUUUCUAACAGUUAUUCUCUCCGUUUUGAGCACAUGCACCAGCCGGACCGUGUCACCUGUGAAGGGGCUCGGGGUGAAGGAGCAUUUUCAAAUUGUUACACAGCACAAUAGACUGCGCAGUCGGGUCAGCCCCAUGGCUGCAAAUAUGCAGAAAAUGGAGUGGAGUGAGAUGCUAGCUGGACUGGCUCAAGAAAGGGCUGAGUCCUGCUCAAAGGACAGUACUCGAUUAGAAGGACACAUGGAGCACACUGGGUGGAAUAUCCAUCAGUCCCCUCAUGGUGAGGCCUCCUUUCCUGAGGUCAUCAAUUUCUGGUUCCAGGAGGGCCAGGACUACAUCUACCAAAGUGGUCAGUGCAGGAACAAUGGCACCUGCCAGCAUUACACACAGCUGGUGUGGGCCACAUCCAGUCAGGUGGGCUGUGCCGUGCAUGUGUGUAGAAGCGGAGCAGUGCACUUGGACCUGUUUGUCUGUGCAUAUUCCCCGGGGGGAAACUGGGAGGUGAACGGCAGGCAGGUGGUGCCCUAUAAAUCAGGAGUUUACUGCUCUCUCUGUACAUCUUCUAUGUCUGGCUGCUUCCGGCUUUGGGACCAUGUUGGCGGUUUGUGUGAGACCCCCCGAAACCCAUGUCGUAUGAGUUGUGGGCAGCAUGGACAGCUGAAUGUCUCUUCAUGCCAGUGUCACUGUGCCCCUGGGUUCACUGGCCGCUUCUGCCAGGUGCGCUGCAGUGUACAGUGUGUACAUGGGCGGUACAAGGAGGAGGAGUGUUCCUGUCUGUGUGAUGUAGGUUACGGGGGAGCGGAGUGUGCAGAGAAGCUGAGCUUUCCCUACCAUAGCUGUGACAUGCAGAUAGAUGGCAAAUGCUUCAUGGUGUCCUCUGAAGCUGAGACAUACUACACAGCCAAGCUGCGCUGUCAGGAAAGAGGGGGCAUUCUAGCUCAGGUGACCAAUCAGAAGGUCCAGGACAUCAUGGCCUUUUACCUCAGCCAGCUGGAGAACACCAACGAGGUGACUGACCCUGACUUUGAAACCCGCAAUUUCUGGAUAGGUUUGACAAAUAAACCACUGAAAGACUUAUUUCGCUGGGACACAGGGGAGAUCCCAUCUUUUACCAGCUUUGCUUUUGGACAGCCAGACAAUCAGGGCUUUGGGAACUGUGUAGAACUGCAAGCAGCCAGUGCCUUCAACUGGAAUGACCAACGCUGUAAGACUCGCAACAGAUACAUCUGCCAGUUUGGUCCAGAGCAUGUUGCCCUGUGGCAGUUUGGCCGAUGAGAGCUGUGAGCACUACAUGACUACGACAGAAGUCUACUGAUCCAGGGCUGCUAUCUAGUUUGAACUGUGCUUGGUUUGGUGUUUCGAGCACAAGUGUAGGUUGCUGCAGCCAAGUCAGAGAUCACCCUUGGUUUGUUUAAUUUCUAGUCAAAAUGUACAAGUUAUGUGCAAGUUUUUCAUUUUUUUG